UCCGAGUUGAAAAACCCAGAAGUGUAGAAGCAACACCCAAGCUGUUGUUAUUGUUGACCUGAAGAUCAGCUUCUUGUUUACAGGUGUUGACGCGGAGGAUAGGAAGGGUUUGCUGGUGGUGGAGGAUUGGAAUGUUGAAAGUGGGUGGACGGGUGAGUUUAGAAGGCGAGAGGGAGGAGAGCGAUGACUUUCGCAGGGUGUUCGGCGGGCGGUGACUGACAGUAGUGAACUGCCAGUGUCGCAGAGGGCGUAGUAGCGGUCCACGAGGGUGGAUAUUUUGCUGGGGGACUGGGAGGGAAGACCGGACAGAGGAUGCAGUCAGAGUUGGGCGGUCGGUUCGGUCAGUGACAGGAAAUGCUGUGUGUGACCAGCCAAGUUGUCCAAGAAGUGCCAAAAAGGCCAGGUUCCAGGGGGGAGCUUCAAAGUCUGAUCGAGCGCUUGGAGGAACUUGAAGAGCCUGAGGAGCCUGUGUGGCCCCCGGGAGAGGAUCCCAGCGAAGAGGAACAGGAGACAAGGGGCGCGUGCGUUGCAGUAGUGAGUCCGGCGCCUAGCAGUAGUUCAGCAGCUGCUGUGUAAUGCCGUCGGCUGGUGAGGCGAAGUGGAGAGGAAUGGCUGCGUUCUCAGGGCGUUUUCAGGGAGGCGAAGGGUGGGCGGCAGAGGCGGGUGACAGGCGGAGUCAAAACAAACAAACAACCCGAGUUGAUCGAGAAGAAAAGCAGAGCUGAAGAAUGGUGAGCAGACGGAUAAAAGUUGAGGUGUUGAAGAGAAGAGAGAAGAGAGGAUGAGUAGUUGUAUCAGUUGUAGGAGCAGUGGUAUAGAGGGCGCAGGCGACGAUAAAAGCAGGACUAUACGCAAGAGGAAAAGUAGCACCGUGAGAGAGCCCGACACUGGCAGCGUGUGCGGUCACUCGUAGUGCAGAAGCGCUGGCGUAGGUGUCGGUGUCGGCGCAGCGCAGGCACCACGAUCAGCCACUCCAGGCCCUGCUGUUCUCGAUGCUCCUCUCAUCAUCGUCCUGUUUUGAUCUUCUACGACUCCUCCAACCCUCUACCACCGAUUCGUUCUUCUUGUCCCUGCUGCAUUCGAGUGGAGAGGUCUCUGUUUGUGUCUGCUCCUUCGAACUUCCGCCCUGCUCUUGGUCGAUCCUGGCCAUGUCCAUGUCCAUGUCCAUAUCCAUGACCAGCGUCGGCUGUCGAUGUCUCUCCUGUCCAACCCACCAUCUGCACGUCAAGUCCACUCCAGCUAGCUGCGGAUGGUCACAACAAACUACCUACGGUCUACACGACUCUCGCAGUAGUGUCGACUACUACUGCACACUCCUAGAAAACGCCUCCCACUCGUCCUGAACGGUUGGCUACAGCAGAGCGUAGACAAACGUGUCGCCCUUGCACACCCAAUGCAACGCACCCUGCCUAGGUUCUGGCCACGCAUAUAGUUUAACCGUUCGCAGUUUCCUGCACAUAAGCAAGGUGGGACGCAUGAACACGCUGUUUCCCGAGGGCGAAUCGUCACUUCAAUCCAAGUUCUUGCAGCAAUGGUCGUGUGCUCGCUCUCAUACUAGUGCAUAGGCAUCUGCUACGAGCUCUACUUCUUUCACCUUGCACGGAACUGACGCGUCAAGCUGCAAGGCUGCUUGAAGGCUAACGAAACGCUAGAGACGCGACACUGACACGC